CUUGUUUUUUAACUGACGACACUCGAGAGCGCCAGUUUUCCUAGAUUCGAUUUUGUGGUUUGGAACUUUGGUUUUGGAAUCCACAGUAGUCGCCUCGUUCUAGUAUCCAAUUGCUCCAGCACCAAUUGGUGAAAAGACCAUCGUUCUUCUACUCAGUUGUGUUUGAAGCUUUGUCAAAAACCAACCAAGAAUGUAACCACACCCGAACAGAUCUUUUCACUGUCAAAGAGAACUAUUUACAAGACACAAUUGGAGACACAGGUUCUUUUAUCAAGGCCUUGACUGGAGUGGCAUGUUUUCAGAUAUGACCACAUUGCUUUGAGGAAAUGAAGUUGAUGUUAUGGAGCUGAUAAAGCCCCCACACAAAGGCCAACCUACCUCUGGAGAAGAACGAGGACUUGAUUGAGGACCCAAAGGAUGACUAAGAAGAGGUGCAGGAGAAAACCCAGAAUUCUGCAGUGUCUUGGCGAUGCAAGUGUCAGAGGCAUUUGAACCAGAGCUACUCGAUCUUGAGUGAGGGCUAAGAAAAGUGAGGCUGGGACUUGCUGGGCUGCAUUCCCAGGAGGGAUAUAAACUACGUAAAGAGAGAGAACAUGCAAACUGGGAGGAGAGUAACUGAUGAAUAAAAUUUGAGGAAAAGCAAAAAGGGAUGAGAUGAAGAACUCAAAGGGAGGAAUGAGAGUACCUUUCUCAGAAAGAAGCGCCAAGAACAUGGAAGAGAGCAGAAACAUCGGGGAGUCUGAGGUGGAACACGCUGUGUAACCUGACAAGUUAUUUUCCCAUCAGCCUUUAAUUACAUAGUUAAAUUGGCUGUGAGAAUAGCAGCAAACUAUUUGAUUUUAGGUUGCCAGCUGGCUCUGGAAGACAUGCAUGUGUAUGGGGUGGAGAAAAUCCUUUUCCAGAUUCUUUUUUCCUUGUCUUUACUAGGCUGAACAAGAAGAAUCAGUGGCCAUGUUAUAUAUGUAAAAUGGGCUUUGGGAACUGCAAAGGUCUUUACAGAUGUGGUUACUGUUAUUUUACUUUGUGCAUGAUUCUAAAGGAGGUAUGCACCGACUGAAGCGCCAGGAAGGAGCAUCUGGGUGGACGUCCAUGAUGGCUCCAAAGGGACUUCAGCAUUUUUCCUGAGAGACAAAAUGUUAUGAACAGAAGCAGUACAAAAAUGGCCUCAAGUUUUGCAAGAUGAUUCUGUCGAACCCAAAAUUUGCUGAACAUGGAGAGACUUUGGCUAUGAAAGGAUUAACACUGAACUGUUUAGGAAAAAAAGAAGAAGCUUAUGAAUUUGUUCGUAAAGGACUUCGUAAUGAUGUCAAGAGUCAUGUCUGUUGGCAUGUAUAUGGACUGUUGCAGCGUUCUGAUAAGAAAUACGAUGAAGCUAUAAAAUGUUACCGAAAUGCCCUCAAAUUAGAUAAAGAUAACCUGCAAAUUUUGAGGGAUCUCUCACUGUUGCAAAUCCAAAUGAGAGACCUUGAAGGUUACCGAGAGACAAGAUACCAGCUUCUUCAGUUGCGCCCCACACAGCGUGCUUCAUGGAUUGGAUAUGCUAUUGCAUACCAUUUGCUGAAAGAUUAUGAUAUGGCCCUAAAACUGUUGGAAGAAUUUAGACAAACUCAGCAAGUUCCUCCAAACAAAAUAGAUUAUGAGUAUAGUGAACUGAUACUAUACCAGAAUCAAGUGAUGAGAGAGGCAGAUCUAUUUCAGGAAUCUUUGGAACAUAUAGAAACAUAUGAGAAACAAAUAUGUGAUAAACUUUUAGUGGAAGAAAUUAAAGGGGAAAUACUGUUGAAAUUGGGAAAAUUAAAAGAAGCCAGUGAAGUGUUCAAAAACUUGAUCGAUCGGAAUGCAGAAAAUUGGUGUUACUAUGAAGGCUUGGAAAAAGCUCUACAAAUUAGCACUUUGGAAGAGAGGCUUCAAAUUUAUGAAGAAAUUAGUAAGCAGCACCCCAAAGCAAUUACACCCAGAAGAUUACCUUUGACUCUUGUCCCAGGUGAAAGAUUUAGAGAACUAAUGGAUAAGUUCCUGAGGGUUAACUUCAGUAAAGGAUGCCCACCCUUGUUUACUACUUUGAAAUCUUUAUAUUACAAUACAGAAAAGGUUUCUAUAAUCCAGGAACUUGUUACUAAUUAUGAAGCCUCUCUUAAAACGUGUGACUUUUUUAGCCCAUAUGAGGAUGGGGAGAAGGAACCCCCGACAACACUACUUUGGGUUCAGUAUUUCCUGGCACAGCACUUUGAUAAACUUGGACAGUAUUCUCUGGCUUUGGAUUAUAUUAAUGCUGCAAUUGCUAGUACUCCAACUCUAAUAGAAUUAUUCUAUAUGAAAGCAAAAAUUUACAAGCAUAUAGGUAAUCUCAGAGAAGCUGCAAAGUGGAUGGAUGAAGCACAGUCUUUGGACACAGCUGAUAGAUUCAUCAAUUCCAAAUGUGCAAAAUACAUGCUUCGAGCAAAUAUGAUAAAAGAAGCAGAGGAAAUGUGCUCCAAGUUCACAAGGGAAGGGACAUCUGCCAUGGAAAAUCUAAAUGAAAUGCAGUGUAUGUGGUUUCAGACAGAAUGCAUUUCAGCUUAUCAGCGUCUGGGGAGAUACGGGGAUGCCUUGAAAAAAUGUCAUGAAGUAGAAAGGCAUUUUUUUGAGAUAACCGAUGACCAAUUCGACUUCCAUACAUACUGCAUGAGAAAGAUGACCCUUCGUGCCUAUGUUGACCUUUUGAGAUUAGAAGAUAUACUCAGAAGACAUGCCUUUUAUUUCAAGGCUGCUAGAUCAGCGAUUGAAAUAUACUUGAAAUUGUAUGAUAAUCCCUUAACCAAUGAAAGCAAACAACAAGAAAUAAACUCAGAAAACCUGUCAGCCAAAGAAUUGAAGAAAAUGCUUAGCAAGCAGAGAAGAGCCCAGAAAAAGGCUAAGCUAGAAGAAGAAAGAAAGCAUGCAGAAAGAGAACGUCAACAGAAAAAUCAAAAGAAAAAAAGAGAUGAAGAAGAAGAAGAAGCCAGUGGCCUUAAGGAAGAACUUAUACCUGAAAAAUUAGAAAGGGUAGAAAAUCCAUUAGAGGAAGCCGUUAAGUUCCUUAUACCUCUUAAGAACCUUGUUGCUGAUAACAUUGACACUCAUCUGUUAGCAUUUGAAAUAUAUUUUAGAAAAGGCAAGUUUCUGUUAAUGCUGCAGUCUGUCAAACGAGCUUUUGCCAUUAACAGUAAUAACCCGUGGUUACAUGAAUGUUUAAUUAGAUUUUCUAAAUCUGUGUCUAAUCAUAGUAAUCUUCCAGACAUUGUGAGCCAAGUUCUAUCUCAAGAAAUGCAGAAAAUAUUUGUCAACAAGGAUUUGGAAAGUUUUAAUGAGGAUUUUCUGAAACAUAAUGCUACCUCUCUUCAGCAUCUACUUUCAGGUGCUAAAAUGAUGUAUUUUCUGGACAAGUCAAGACAAGAGAAAGCAAUUGCUAUAGCCACUAGACUGGAUGAAACUAUAAAAGAUAAAAAUGUAAAGACAUUAAUAAAGGUUUCUGAAGCACUGCUUGAUGGCAGCUUUGGGAACUGUAGUUCCCAAUAUGAAGAAUAUAGGAUGGCCUGUCAUAACCUGCUUCCUUUUACAUCUGCCUUCUUGCCUGCUGUGAAUGAAGUUGACAAUCCUAAUGUGGCACUGAACCAUACAGCUAAUUAUGAUGUCUUGGCAAAUGAAAUUUGAAAUCUCCUAGAAAGUAGACUCCUAUAGACUCAAAGCUGAAUUGAGAUCAGGGUUUCUUUUCCAGAGUGCAUUUUAAUACAUGUAUGAAAUGAAAUAUUUGGUUAGGAUUUUUAAAUGGCAUAUUCUGUAAGCUUAUUUUAUUCUUUACCUGACCUGCCAAUUUACACAACCAUCUGUUAAAAUUACCUGUUUGUUCUUACACAGUUUUGUGGUAGCUGUCGCUUCUAUAUGAUAAUUUCUUACUAAGCUAAGUUGUAUACAACCCCACUGUAUUAUUUUCUUUAGAUUCUGAUUUCAGAAUCUGUGCUUUGAUUCCUCAUCUGUUUGUUUUAUUGUUUAUUUGCUUGCUUUUUAAUUAAAGCGCAUCAGUUUUAAAGUGUUAACUAUAUGUUAAAAACAAUAUGGAGGCUGGGCAUAGUGGCUCACACCUGUAAUCCCAGCACUUUGGGAGGCCCAGAUCGGCGGAUCACCUGAGGUCAGAAGAUCGAGAUCAGCCUGGCCAACAUGGUGAAACCCCUUCUCUGCUGAAACUACAAAAAUUUAGCCAGACGUGGUGGCACGCACCUGUAAUCCCAGCUACUCAGGAGCUGAGGCGGGAGAAUCGCUUGAACCCAGGAGGUGGAGGUUGCAGUGAGCCGAGAUCACGCCACUGCACUCCAGCAUGGGCAACAGAGCAAGACUCCAUCUCAUAAAAAAGGAAUUCUUCUUGGCAGAUACUGAAGUUUAUUUUAAAAUUUAAUUCGCCCUUUUUUUCAUUGUAAUAUUUCGUGGUUUACUAUUUCCUUUGUAGUAUUCAUGAAAAUUGUAUUUUCUGGUUGAAUAGGGGUACUGUAGUUUUAUGUAGAUGAUUUCAGAAUGUGAAGGCUGUUUUGCCUGUCAGUCAUGGAAAUUCACUGGUAAAAUUGUUGCAUCUCUCUCCCAGUCGUAAAAGCCCACAGGCAAGAAUUAAUGCUUUCUUAACUAAGUUACUUCAGUGUUAACAAGUAGCUUAUACUGAGGUAUGCUUCAGGGGAGCAUUAUAGGGCAGAAAACAAAUUAAAAUGAAACGUUCUUAUUCUUAUAGCCAUGCAUUGACCAUUAAAUGCAUUUUUAUAUCUCAGCAGAAUGAGAUUUGAAACUCAUUAGUUUAACUAUUAAAACACAGUGUUGUUAAACAGUAUUUUUUGGGGGGGGGGGGGCGGGUGAAUAGCUUUUUGUUCUACCUUGUACAGAAAACAGUAAUGGAAUCACUUAUGUUCAGAACCUUGUAAAUAUGUCUGUAAUAUUAAUGCUUCCCUUUAUUAAGACAAAUAUACAUUCAAAAAGGGAGAUUUUAUUUAGACACACGUUUUCUUUCACCCUAAUCUAUUUAGAUUCAUACUUAUUGCGACAGGAAAAAGUCACUGUAAAAUAAUGCCAACGUAGAUAAUGCUAUAAUAAAUUAUUUUGUACACAGUUGCUUA